AUGCUUAGCUGCGAACCAAUCGAAUCUUUUAAAAUUCCAUUAAAAGCUUGUCAAGGUUCAGUCAUUGAACACAAUCUAGUUACUAUACGAUUAAAUGUUGAAUGGCCUGAUAGAGGCGGUGACGAUCCUAAGCUUGUGAUGCAUAUUAUGAAUAAAAAGCCGUCAGCAGCGUGCAUUCAACAAAACCAAUUAUUAGCACCUAUAUGUAGUACUCCUGUUAAUCAUUAUCAUCAUUAUCAAUAUCAACGGUCAGAAACUUUUGAUCCAAUGUAUCAACAACAACAACAAUAUCAUUAUCAUCAACAUCAUUCACCACCGUUAAAUUAUCAUAAUUUAUCAAGUUCAACAAUAGUAUCUACUGGUGAUCAGAAUGAUGUUUCAUCAACUACACCAACAGAAGUAUAUAAUGGUAUACAAUCACAACCAGUACCAUCUUCUACAGUGAUUCAAUCAAUUGGAAAUCAAUCACAAUCUCAAUUAAUACCUAAUUGCCGUUAUCAAAAUACAAUGAAUCAGCAAUAUUCGUUAGAUCAACAUGUUAUGCAUGCAUCAUCGUCUAAUUUGAAUGAUUCACAAUUAGAUAUACAAAUGACAAAUCAAAAUCCAAUAUCGUCAAUGAAACAAAUAUCUUCAGCGACAACACAAGUUGAUUUACAGCAAGCAUCAAGUAUGCCUUGUGCGUCAUCAAUGUUAACAAAUACAAAUACAAAGCGUAUAAUUUGUCUUUGUUCAAAUCCACCCAAAGGUCAUAAUCAUAAUUGUCCUGCUCGUAGCUUAAUUAAACAAUCAUCAAAUACAAUCUUAACAAAUGAAACUAUGUUUCGACCAUGUAAUGAUCAAAUGAUUGCUCAUCGAAAUACCUUUUCUUCACAACUACAUUCAAAUGAUACUAUGUCAACGUUCUCUACGAUAGAACCAAUUAGACCAUCCUCCCUACCUUUUCCAACUUCGGAUCCUAUGAAAACAACUGGUUUAUCAUCAAAUCUAACAACAAUGAUUUCUCAACAAUCACCUUUAUCAACAACACAAAUGCCUUCAUGGAAUACUGAUAAUAAUAUCCAACAGCAAACUUCAAAUUUUUCUCGAGCUAUUAUGAAUAAUUCUUUAAAUUAUCAAACGACUUCAUCAAUACCAAUGCCCAUUGAAGGACAACAAAAUAAUAAUCCCAUUAGUCCACCUCAACAGAAACAACUUCCUAUAGGAAAGAAUAGUUUAAUAAAUCAAGAUAAAUUAUUACAUCAAAAUCAAAAUGAUUUGCAUUGUCAAAGUCAAAAUACAAAUAACUUAAAGUCUUCAUCAACACAACAAAAUAACAGUCGUAGAAUUUUAUCAUGUCCUCCUGAAAAACUGCAGGACAUACUCACUUUUCCAGAUAAUACACAAACGACCAUAACUGAAUCAGCAGAUAAUACUGUACAUGACUCAACGAAUGAUAUAAAUAGAAAUAUUGAACAAGAAAAAGAACAAGAUAUAUAUUCUAUGCAAUCACAUGUAAGAUCACCGGUGAAACUUGACAUUUCAAUGUCACAAAAUUUAAUGAAAACAACAAUUGGUUCGCCAGAAAUUGAUCAAACUAUAUUGGAUGUUAUCAAAGGCAAAGGAAAAAUUUCCAUUUAUAAUAAAUUAACAUCAUCUGUUAUAAGACAACACCAAAAAAAACAACCAUUAUCAGCUCAACUUGUUUGGGAACAUAAUGGGCCAAUAACAACAAAAACAUUACAAUCACCAUUAAAUCAAGAACAACAACAACAACAAUCAACUCUUGAUUCAAAUGUUUCAACAUUAAAUCGCCCGACUGUUCUUAAUAUUACAUCAUUAAACAAUCAUUCGUCUUCAACUGAACAAAGUAACAUGAAUAAAUUAUCGCAACAAAAAACAGCAACAGAUAAUAGUAAAAAAAGAGACCGAUCAAAAUCAACGAACCCUACAAAAUCAAAACGUCAGAGUGUAUCUACUAUUAAUAUGCCACCCCCGACAACAACGUCAUCGUCUCCUCAAGAUGUAUCGAGAACAACACUAGCAUCACCUGUUGCGUCACAGCCAAACUUAGUUAACAAGCUAAUUUCAUGGUCGAAGCCAUCUAUAAAAUCAUCAUCAUCAUCAUCAUCACCAGUAAACGUAACAGCAACAACAGCUGUUGUAUCUACUGAAAAUUUAAAUCACAAUUUAAGAAAUAAUUCAUGGCAAACACUUAAUAUACAUCAUAAUAAUACUCUAAUUGAUUGUUAUGAUUCUAAUCAUGAACAACAACAAAUGAAUUAUACAAAAGAUCAUGAUCAUAUUGAGAUAGAUGAUGGAUUUCUAGUGCAAGCACAUGGACAUUUUAAUUCAUCAACACCACCACCACCAUUAACAUCAAGAUCAACACUAAUUAUUAGUGAAAUAUUAACUCCAACAUCAGUAGAUAAAUUAUCAAGUAUAUCAGCAUCAUCUUUAAUCAAUGACGAUGAUAUUUAUGAUAAUUUUUUUCAAUCAUAUACACCAUCUUGUUUAGCAACACCACAAGAAAAUCAAGUAACAUCAUCAGUAUUAACGCCACCUGAUGUUCAAAGUAAUCAUUUAUUACAGCAACAAUAUUAUUCACAAACUGAUGAAUAUUUUGAUUCAAAUCUGCAAUCACAAGUAAGAGUAUUAUAUGAUAUACAAUCUUCAUGUUAA